AUGGAUUCAGGCGGAAAAGGUGCUGGAAAGGCUGGAAAGAACGGCUCCAAGAACGGUCAUUUGGCCUUCACAGGCGCCGCCCGUUUCAGCGGCAAAGGAGGCAGCUCCACUGGCACGUCUCCGGUGUUAAAGCCCUCAGAGCCCAAGGAGAAGAGGGAAAAAGAGGGCAGUGGAGAAGAGAAGGAAGGGAAGGAAGGCGGCGAUGUGAACACCUUGAAACACGGAGGCAUCAGAGACAUCCAAUCACCAAAGCAGAUUGAGACUGAGCAGACCGGGAAGGAGACGGCGCCCUCUGCGCAGCCUUCACAGACCUCGCAGCCGGCCGCUAAAGCCGCGGCACCAACAGCCCCAGCAAAGCCAAAGGUCAGUGGCAGCGUUUGGAACAAACCACCAGGUUUGCCCGAGCCCGAGAAAGGCCAGAAAGAGGAUUCUCCAACCCCAGCUGAAUCCAACCCAAAGGCAGACUCGUCUGCUCAAAAGUUGGAGCGAAAGCCCCAGGGCGCCAAAGUGGGCGUACAGACCUCCCAAAGUCUCACCACCAAAGAGCCCAACGGCUCGUCCAACGGCUCUGAUCGAGAUCCCAAAGAUUCCAAAGACAAGAAAGUUGGUAGAUCUAAGCAGAGUGAGGAGAAGAAGGAUGAAUGGAAAGACAAGAAGGAUGAAUGGUGGCUUAGCUGA